CUCACCUCUCUUCCCAGUUCCUUCUACCGGAGUCUCCCUCCCAUUGAAGUUCUCGAUGCUCUUGCUCUCACAAUUUUGAAGAAUUUUUCUACAGCGAGUCUUCCAACCUCUGACAACACAGAACUCCCUUUACCCCACAAUCUAUGCCACUCUCUAAAACCUGACAUCAAUCACGUGAUCCCUUUCCUUCCUUCUCUCCGUCAGUCCUCUCCCCAAUUCCCAAAUUUCCCCCUCUCUAACGAUCGACUGAAACCACGCGCCAUUGCCCCCAUUCUUCUUCUGUCAAUUGUUAUUCACUGAGCUUCUUCACUGUGUCUCUGUGCAUUCUCUGGAGCUCUUCCCUACUUCCAACGCUUCUUUCCAUUCCCCGUCACCGAUCUCCGUUUUGCCUUGUGGCGGAGGCAAUAUAUGCCCAUAGAAUUUCUAGCUUUGAUUCUUUCUGGGUGAAGACUGGAUUCGCUUGGCUUGGCGGUGGUGGUUGUUUUAGUUCAUUUGGAGUUUUUCAUCUCGAAAAUGUAAGAAACUUGGCCUGGUUUAUAAUUUUUUUUCCUUGCUCUUUCACAAGGUGCAGACAAUGGGUUUCAUUUCCCGGAAGAUAGUCCCCUCUUGUGGGACGAUGUGCGUGUGUUGCCCUGCUUUGAGGUCCAGAUCUCGGCAACCUGUGAAAAGAUAUAAGAAAUUGCUUGCUGAUAUCUUCCCCAAGUCUCCAGAUGCACCCCCAAAUGAGAGAAAAAUUGCAAAGUUGUGUGAAUAUGCGGCCAAAAAUCCAAUUCGAAUCCCCAAGGUUGCAUUUCGGUUCACACUCAAAGAUGUUUACUGCAGAACCCUACCCAUGUCUCAUCUGUGCCCAUCAUGUUUUAAUAGAUUGCCAAGUAUCUCGAAGAAAGAUGUUGCAAAGAACUGCGGAGUGGUCAUGCAAAGUUUAUCAAUGUUGUCAUGGAGGCUUACAAUAAGUUGCUUUGCCUUUGUAAGGAGCAGAUCUUUAAUGCUGGUCUCUAUAUCUUCCAGGGCAUAUUUUGCUGUCAGUUUGUUGAAUGUGGUCAAUGAGCUGCUAGACAGACCUAAUCAAUAUGCUUUGCUGAUUCUUGGAUGCCAGACCUUAACCAAUUUUAUCUACAGUCAGGUGGAUGGAACUUAUGCACAUAACAUUGAAAAAUAUGCUCCCAGAAUCUGUAAACUGGCACAUAAGCACCGGGAAGAAGGUAGUCUUGACAGCUUAAGGGCAUCAGGUCUCCAAUGUCUCUCAGCCAUGGUCUGGUUCAUGUCGGAGUUCUCGUAUAUCUUCCCUGCUUUGGAUGAGAUUGUGCAUUGCACUUUGGAUAACUACGAGCUUGACUCUUGUAUUGAACAUGAUGCUGAGAGAGGUGAAGCACAUCAUAAUUGGGUGAAUGAAGUUGUUAGAAGUGAAAGAAGUGCAGUUGUAGGUAAUGAUUCUAGCUCCACAGCGGUCAUCAGAGCUCGACCAGAAAAGAAAGAUCCUUCUCUUCUAACUAGGGAGGAGAUUGAGCAACCAAGAGUAUGGGCACAAAUUUGUGUUCAAAGAAUGGUAGAUCUAGCAAAAGAGAGCUCAACAAUGCGAUGUGUCUUAGAUCCAAUGUUUGUCUACUUUGAUUCUGCACAUCACUGGGCCCCACAUCAGGGGCUUGCUCUGGUAGUUUUGUCUGCCAUGUCAUAUUUUCUGGAGAGUGAAGGACAUCAGCAGUCGGUGUUAUCUGCUGUUAUUCGCCAUUUAGACCACAAGAAUGUCGCCCAUGAUCCGCAGCUCAAAUCUAAUGUUGUACAAGUUGCGGCUGGUCUAACUCGGCAGAUUAGAUCAGUUAAAGUUCUUGCCGAAGUUGGAUUUGUUGGUGACUUGUGUAGGCAUUUAAGGAAGAGCCUUCAGGCCUCGGCCGAGCCAAUCGGAGAUCAGGAACUGGACCUGAAUGCCUCACUCCAGAAUUCCAUUGAAGAUUGCUUGCUUGAAAUUGCAAAGGGGAUUGCUGAUGCCCAGCCGCUACUUGAUCACAUGGCCAUGUCGCUGGAGAAACUACCAUCCUGUGGAAUUGUUGCUCGUGCAACCAUUCGAUCGCUAAUGAUUCUUGCUCAUGUGGUUUCAUUGUCUUCAGUUUCCCAACAGGCUUUCCCAGAAUCACUUCUGGUUCAGCUUUUGAAAGCAAUGUUGCAUGCAAAUGUUGAAGUGCGGGUUGAAGCACAUCAGAUAUUCACAGUUCUUCUUAUUCCAAAUUCAAACUGUUUUGGACGAGAAUCAUCUGCACGACCUAGUUACAUUUGUGAACCGAGAAGAUGGCGUUCCGGUACAGCAUCUACAUUUGCUUCGAUUUCUGCACUACUUGAAAAGCUCCGUAAAGAGAAGGAUGGUCCUGAAGUUAAUGGAAUGCAUGAUGACUGCAAAGAACGGGACACCUCAGAAGAAGAGUGGAAGUAUGGACGAGGUAGAAAGAACUCACCAAACAUUUACAAGAUUAGCUCAAUCAUUGAGAGGACUACGGGGACUCCGGGGUCGGCUGAGGCUGCUGAACCAUGUGUUUUGACGUUAAAUGAGGAUCAGAUUUCACAGUUGCUUUCUGCCUUCUGGAUGCAAGCCAGCCUUCCUGACAACACGCCUCCGAAUCUUGAAGCCAUUGCUCAUUCUUUCACAUUGACACUUAUUUCUUCUCAAUUGAAGAACACAAAUGGAAACGUUGUGGUCCGAUUCUUUCAGCUUGCUCUCUCCCUCAGACAGUUGUCCUUGGACUCUAACAAUGGGAUAUUGCAUCCAGCAUGCAGAAGAUCAGUUUUUGUCUUAGCAAUGGGCAUGCUAAUGUUCGCAGCGAAGACAUACAAAGUUCCCGAGUUGAACGACUUGCUCAAGCGAUUGAUACCUGAUGACGUUGAUCCUUAUAUGGGAAUUAGCAACGACUUUCAGAUAUAUGUGAAGCCCCAGGCAGACUUGAAAGAAUUUGGGUCCUUUGAAGAUAGUUCAUUGGCUAUAUCAGUGCUAGAUGAGCUGCAGAGCAGAAUAUCUGAAUCUAAGAUCGCUAUGAUGAACAUCUUAGUUCUGAACCUAUCUAUCACUACUGAGAUGGAGCCUGAUGAAGUCGCCAGGCAAUUGUCGGAACCAUUUGCUCCUGAUGACAUGUUAAUGUUUGGUCCACGAUCAGUACUUGACCACCACCGCGUGGCUUCUCAUUCCAAGGAAUCACUCUCCUUCGACGAGGAAAUUCAGAGCAAUUUGAUCGAGGAUGAUGCCACGAGUGAAGCAUCAGUCUCAGACCUGUCUCGGUUCAUCCCCAAAAUCCCUUCGUCACCUUCUGUCUCGCACAUUAUCAGCAUCGGGAAGCUAUUAGAAUCAGCUCUCGAGGUAGCUGGACAAGUAGCUGGAACAUCUGUCUCCACGUCACCCCUCUCCUACGACUUGAUGGCCAGACAAUGCGAAACUCUCGGGACAGUUACAAGAAAGAAGCUCUCGACUUGGUUGGCCCACGAGAAUCAGCAAGCUACUAAGCCAGCCGCCGACAAGUACCUCUUACCAUCCAUUGCAGCGAGCGGGGCUGCAGUACCAUGGCAGAUGUCGUGUAAGAGUGAGGUUGAUGGAGGAGAGCUGAAGCAGAAGACUCUAACGGAGCAGUAUCUGCCAAUUAAGCUGCCACCUGCAAGUCCUUUCGAUAACUUCCUCAAAGCAGCUGGAUGUUAGUAGCCCUGAUAAUCCGUGUUAGCUGUACUUGUAAUUUCUUACACCAUUUUUCUUAAUGUAGGGACGUAGAGCUUUUAGAUGCAGACCAGGUUAUGUUUGAAAGGGUUUCACUAACCCUUUCAAACUCAUGUGUUGUCUCUUAUGUGUAUGUAAGGUAGUACUAACAGCCUUUGCCUCGUAUGGAUCUAGAUUGUUAACAAACUUGUCUUGUCAUUUAUCAAUGUAUCUAUUUUGAAGUGGAUGGAGCAAAACGCACGAAUCUCUCGUGAACCACAAUUUGAAUUGUCUUGGUUU